ACAUGGGUUUAUUACAAGGUGGUGAGAAUAGACCAGGAGCAGUACAAAAAUUAUUGGAACAGGAGCUCACUUGUGCUCCUAAUACAACCAAAAUCUGGAUGGGGAAUAACUCUGAUGAUCAAUACACUAUUUACAAAACAUCCAGGGAAGUGCCUGACACUUUUAUUCAAGUUUAUUUACAAACUGAUUUCAUUACCUCAUGUGUCAGGUUUGCUUUGGCUGAUCUCUACACAGAUUUAUAGCAAUAUCAAAGAAAACCUCACUAGAGAGGAAGCUUUAUCUAGUGAUUAAAGAAGGGGGCUGUGAGUCAGGGUAAAUGGACAUGUUCUCAGCUCUGUGUUCUUGUGCAAAUUAGUUAACUUAUUUUUGUGCCAGCUGUCUUGCCUGUCAAAUGGGGAUGACCCAAGUGGCUAGUCAAAUUUUGGGGCCCAGUUGGAAAGAGAAAUUGAUGGAGUCUGGUAUUCUCUUGAUGUGAUCUUGUUUAUUUGAAAGGAAUCUACAAAGUCUUGUUUCUCCAAACACAAGAGGAACUAAGAACAAAAGGAGCAGUUUCUCAGCUUACAGCUCCAAGCCUCUUUAGUCAACACCAGACUCAAAACCGCAUUCUCUCUAGCUUUUUCCAGGGUCAUACUUCACUCGCAGGUUUCUACUUGGCUUUCUUGCUUUUCGCCUCUUCCUUUCUGUCUCUGUUCUCAGUUUCCAAUUCCACUUGGUCACUCACAAUACACAGUGAAACCCCCUGCCCACAUGCUGCUUGUUUCUGGGCAGACUCUGAUAGGCCUUAGGGGUUUUAGGGGCGGCCCCUUAAUGGUCUCUUACAAUUAUUUUAAAUUAAGCAUAUAUUCACACAUCAAUUUGAAUGCAGUUUUAACUCAGUCCCUAACAAGGGGUCUGUCUAUGCUACAGCAGCACAGUUAUGGCACUGUAGUGCCACACCGUAGAUACUUCCUACAUCAACAAAAGGGGUUUUCCCCAUCAGUGUAGGUAAUCCACCUCUCCAAGGGCAGAUUUACACUACAGGGUUAAGUCGACCUAAGUUACGCAACUCCACCUACAUGAAUAACGUAGCUGGAGUCGACAUACCUUAGGUUGACUUAUUGCGGUGUCUACACUGCACUGGGUUGACUUACCUUAUGCGUCUCAUUCCGGUGGAGUAUCGGAGUAAACAAUCGGAGAACAAAAACAAAAGGAGAGCAAUCGGCAGUUGACUUAGCAGAUCUUCAACCUAGCCAUAUCUACACUGGGGUCUAGGUUGGCCUAAUUACAGUGCUCAGGAGCAAUCCCAGAAGCCUUUUUCAACUCUGAAAAUGUUAUAUCGCUCUGCUGACCACUGAAAUGGCUUCCUUUCUUUACUAUUUGCUACUUGUCAGAAACAUUCAGCAAACCAACAGGGAUCAGUUCUUGUUUCAGAACAAGCAGCGCUUUAACAGCUAAAGGUAUGUCUACACAGCAAAACAAACAAAAAAAACCAACACAACCCCAUGACACAAGUCUCAGAGCCUGAGUCAGCUGACCUGGGCUCCUGCUGUGGCAAUAUACACAUUCCGGCUUGGGAUGGAGCCUAAACUCUGAGACUUUCCCCCCUCACUGGGUUUCAGAGCCCAGGCUGCCACCCAUACAUCUACACUGUUAUUUUUAAUCCUGCGGCACAAUCCCUCAUGAAACUGAAUCAGUUGACCCUGGCUCUGAGACUCACAGCCAGAGGCAGGGUUUUUUUUCUGUGUAGACCCUUUGAUUCCUUCGAGACCCUGGGUCUCAAAAGAAGGUUUCAACCACUCCCACUCUUCUUCUUGCUGGAAAGCCACAAUUCCAUGUAGCUGUUAUAAUGGUUAUGGGGCAGGACAACUGAUUCACUGCAACCCAAUUGCCUAUAAACUAUCUUUAAAGGGAUUGCCACAGACUGAAUUUGUAAGACAUCUUUCCUGCCAUUAAUUACACAGUUAUUAGCUCAUCUACUAUUUCAGUCAUCAAAACUUCUUGCUCAAAUUUCAGAGAUCCAAUCUUCUAAUCCAAUUCUAGGAAAGGUGCCCCAUGCCCUAGUCAUUGUCUCUGUUUGAGAUUCAUGAGGUGGUUCAUUUUUGGAUCCCCUAUUCCCUAGCCUUUUUAGCGUAUCUAGUCUAAUAAGUUAUGUUUGAGCCUGCAUCAAUCAUCCCUAUAAUUAUUCCAUAACAUCCUGUUAUGCACUCAAUAGACAACCUUCCAUUCUUGUUGUUCAACUGCCCAGAUCUAAACAAAAACUGUGGGGCUAAUUCUCAUACCACCAAGCUUUGCCCCUCCAGCUUAGUGUCUCCCCUGGCUCCCUGAUUUCCUGAAAAGGGAGAGAGACUUUCACUACACACUUGCAACAGCCUGCCUUCCCCCAAUGUAUAAUUUUUGUAGCCAGUUUUGUCACAAUACCCACAUUUAACUUCUUCCCUUUAAAUUUUUGCCAAUUUUCCUUAUUUUAGAAACCACGUUUAUCUUUUGUUGUAAUUGUUCAUCAUAGUCACAAACCAGAUAAUAGAUUAGAAUCCCCUCUAUCAUCAGAUAUAUUAGACACAGAACUGUACUUACAGGACUCAUGGUGAUCCACUUCCAUCUUCCUCAUUAGCAGCUGCUUCCUCUUUUCGACAACCACUGCAAGAAAAGAUUCAAGUUCUGUGGCAAAGUCCACAGCCUCUCGGAGUGUCUUUGCCACCUUUUGGUGAUCUUUGUAGGCAAGUCCAAGUCUCACCGAGCAUCUAUAAAUUGGUCCCUCACUGGUUUAUACUGGAAGGUCUCAGCGGUAUCUGAGUGUCCUAAGAACACAAGUCUCCGCAGGUCCUCUGACAGUUCAAGUGGGGUUUCUUCUUUCCCCCUUUUUCUAACUCUUGGUUCUUGCCCUGGCCAGCUCAGAUAGAUAGCUAUUUCCAAACCAUAUGUCCAUGGCUUGUUGUACCAGGUCUGGAUAACUCAGUCUUUUUUGUGGGAUUAAGUUAAGAACAUAAGAACGGCCAUAUUGGGUAAGACCAAAGGUCUAUCUAGCCCAGUAUCCUGUUUUCCAACAGUGGCCAGUGCCAGGUGCCCCAGAGAGAAUGAGCAGAACAGGUCAUCAUCAAGUGAUCCAUCCCCCGUUGCCGAUUCCCAUCUUCUGGCAAACAGAGGCUAGUGACACUAUCCCUGCCCAUCCUGGCUGAUGGCCAUUGAACUGGUUGCUAGCAACCCCCCUUUCUAUCCCUCCUCCCUACCGUUAAUUUGAGCCAUAAUGGCUUGAACUAAAGGAGCCUCCCAAGGAGUUUUUCCCUUAAAGGUAGUGGGGCUUUUGCAUUAUCUGAGCUGAGACAAUCCAACCUCUUCACUCUGGCCCUCUGUAGAUGACAAAUGGUAGAAAACUGUUGUAAAUGUCCAGUCCUAUCUAAGUCUUCCAGCUGGCUCAAUUCCUCAUCCAGGAGCUGCCUUGGAUAGUGGUCAUUGACUCUUCGAUUUCCUCUGUAGCUCAUCUCAGUGGGCAAGUUCCAGGUUGGCUAAAGUUUACUUGGUCUCUACCAUUUAAAUGGAAAACCUUCUGGUCUAUGGCAGUCUGAUUGCAGGUCAACUCAUCAGUCUCUUUUACCAUUCUCACCUGGUCAUGUUGUGGCUGGACUUCCUAAUCUGUUUGGAUGCUUUGUAUUUGUUGCUCCAGGAGAGACUUCGUCUCUGCCUGCAGGUCAUCUUUCUGGCACACCUUCAGAUGCUGCUUUAAUUCCUUCUGUGAAGCCUCCAUCUUCUGUUUUAGGUCUUGUUUUAAAACUCACUGCCCAUUUUUGAUUUUUGCAAGUACCUCCAUUACUUGCUCUAUCUUGGUUCAACAGUCAUACCAGUUUACAGACUCUCUCACCUCAGAAAUUGAAUCCCAUGUUUAACACCAAAGUUGCCUCUUUUGGACCGGAACCAACUAGUCCAAUUUUGGAGCCCUGGGAAAGUUCCACUUGGAAGCAGAAAUUGAUAGUAUCUGGUAUUCUCUUUGAUGCAAUCUUGUUUAUUUACAAGGAAUGUACAAGUCCUGCUUCUCAGAACACGAGAACUAGAAACAAAAGAAGCAGUUUCUUAAUUUACAGUCCCAAAGCCCCUUUAGCCAACAUCAGACCAAAAGCUCUCUAGUUUUUUCCAGGGUAACACUGUGCUCGUAGGCUACUGCUUGGCUUUCUUGCUUUUUGACUCUGCCUGCCUGCCUCUCUCUCUCUCUGUUCUCCAGUUCUGCAUGCUCUCUCUCACACCUGGUUACAAUACCCAGUAGAAUUACCUACACCCACAUGGUACUAGUUUCUGGGCACACUCUAAUAGGCCUUGUUUUAGGGGUAGCCUCUUAAUCAUCUCUUACAAAUAACUUAAUUGAAGGGUGUUUUCAUACAUCAAUUUAAAAAUGAGGUUUUAAUUCAACCCACAACAAGGUUUCCCCUGUCUCACUGGGGUGUUGAGACUAAAUUAAUUGAUGAUUCUACUGCAUUUUAAGAUCCUCAGAUAAAGGAUGCAAUAGAAGUGCAAAGCUAUACUAUAUAUUUGAACAGCCUAAUCUCUUAUCUGGAAAGAUGGAGAUAAUGCUGGUUAUGGUACCUCUUCCAUUACCACACUGUUAUAUACUCCCCCCUUUUGAUCUUCCUACCAUAGUUUCAACCUCAGAUUGGUUUGGCAAUACCAGAACUUUACAUUUGCCUGCAAAGUUUGUGGGUUAAGAUGGCCAAACCUGUUUUGCUACUUCUGAGUGCACAACAUUACUUGGCAAAGUGGCUCUUGUGAAGAUGAGGUUGGGUAGUUGCAUAGCCGAAUCUCCCACAGAGUUUCCGCUGCAUUAUUUAUUUAAUGCUAUAUGUGGCAUCUUACAAACACAUUAGAAAAUAAAGUCCCUAUCCUGCAAAAUUUACAGUCCGAUGGCAAGAGAUAGAAAUUAUGUCAUUAAAUGGGGGCAAAAAUCAGAGUAGAAUGUGCUGGAGACCUCAGGCUUAGGGAAACCUCAUUAGGAAUGCACAGUAUUUUAAUGCUGACCAUGUUUCAUCUCCAAGGCACUUUUACAAACUAUCAACUUCAGCCAAGGACGCUUGCAAAAUUCUAUUCAUUCACGUGCCUUUUUUUUUUUUAAACAGGAUAUAAAAUAUCACUAGCUUGUUCAUCACCGUGGUAAAGAGCAGGGGAGCAUAUUUGUGCAUAGGCUGCUAGUAAAUUUUCAGGAGUAUUCUGAACGAGUAAAUUAAUGUUUAUUUAGUGGAGGGUUUUUUUUAAACUGGUUUCAGCAUAGCUUCAGUGAGAGUUCAGGUCCUAGAUAACGUGACUGUAAAUAAAGGAUCCUAUCCUUUGUCGUCAUCCCCCUCGAAGUCAGUUGAAGAUUUACCAUGGUCUUUUCAGCCUUCCACCCACUCACCCUUCAGCAACCUCUGCCACCCCAGCGCUGUGGUAACCCCUGCAUGGCUUGCGCUCCCCAGCAGCGCAGAGUUUAACCGGGAACUCCACAGAGUUUCAACGUUCUCCCGGUGGAACGCCGAGGAGCAGCCCAGCGCCACCAGCGUUCUGCGGGCGGAACCCUCCGCUGUACCAACGUUCUCCCGGUGGAACGCCGAGGGGCACCCCGCGCUCCCAGCAUUCUGUGGGCUGAACCCACAACACCAGCCCCCCACUGUAACCGCGUUCCACCGCGGGGGGCAGAGGAGCAAGGCCCGGGGAGUGGCUGACCGAGUGGCUGAUGGGAGGCGCUAAACCGCCCCCCACCCUCGGCUCUGCUCCUCCUCCCCGCCGCCCGGCCUGCUGUUGACAAACCAGGUGCGGGGAGAGUCCCGCUGGGCAUCGGCUGCUGGCGCUCCGGGAGCCCUUCGCCCGGCAGUUAUCAGCGCCCAGCCGCGAGCGGGGCGGGGGGGACUCCGCCGAGCUAAUGUGGCAAACGCUGGCGAUCGCUUCGGUGUUUUUCCCGGGUCUCUUCUUUCUGUCCGUUCGGAGUCUCGGCUGGGCUGCCCCGGCAUGGAGCCUCAAGGAUCGGAUCCUCCUCAGCAGCAGGAUGGUGUCUUCUGUUCAAGCUACCAUGGCUACUUUUUCUGGGAUCAUUGUUGUCCUUAAUUGCAAGGAUGUGGUACAUGACAGGUACUGGCUUGCAGUAGAGUAUGUUUGGGUCAUCGUCCCGUACAUGAUCUAUGAUGUAUAUGUCAUGUACCUCUGCCACUGGCACAAAAGCAAAGACACCUCGGAGAAGAAGCAUUCGCUGGCCAGUGUGAGGAGCUUCCUGGAGAAGGAUCGCCUCAUGGUGACGCACCAUCUCUUCAUUCUUGUUAUCCUCACACCCGUCGCGCAGUACCUCAGAGGAGAGCUUGGAGAUUUCUUCGUCGGUUGCAUCUUUGUGGCAGAACUGAGCACUCCGUUCGUGUCACUGGGCAAAAUCCUGAUGCAGCUAAAAAUGCAGAACACGCUCCUGCACAAGGUGAAUGGGAUUCUCAUCCUGGUGACGUUCUUCCUCUGCCGGAUCGUCCUCUUCCCGUUCAUGUACAGGGCCUACGCCAGGCACACGGGGAUCCCCAUCUACAUGGUGCCUUUCCACAUCCCCAUGCACUGCAACGUGGCCAAUGCCUCUCUCAUCGCCCCACAGCUCUACUGGUUCAUGCUGAUCUGUAAGAAAGCUGUCCGACUCUACAGCAGUUCACCGUCCGACAAGAAUAGAUAAUUGCCGGCAGAGGCUGCAGACCACAAGGUUUGAGACUAAGCCAGCAUCCUGGCUCUUCUCCCAGCUUCCUUGCCAUUAAAAUCAGUGUUGUAGGUCCCAGGUUGGGACCGGAACAUCAUUGUCCAUUAGUAUUAGGAGGCCCUUUUACUUUAAAGCAGCUGUGUUGUCUCCGCUGCAGUUCAGGGAAGCAGCACCAGCCUGUUACAGAAGGACUUUCUUUCUGUAACACUCAAGUAUCCUGUGUCCUUCUGUUUGGGGGGGAACCCAGCUAGCGGGAGUGUUACGUAGGUGAAGCGCUAAAGAGCCUCGCUGUGGUCAGACUCUCUAGCUAUUGGUCAAUGAAAUGCUAAAGAGGAGAGAGAGGAGGCAAGAGGGUUUGUUAUAAAUAUUCUGGUCAAUUAAUAGGCGACAUUGGCAUUGAAAGACUAUGGCACAGACCCAGACCUGGCAGCAGUGGGUGCAACGCCCACAGAAGACUCUGGGCCAAAUUCAGUGGUGUGGGUAACCUGUGGGGUGUCACUGGUGUGAUUUAGCAUUUGGUGGUUGUGGAAAACCAAGGUGUCUUCCACACUAAGGGGCAGGUUCACCUUGUUCAGGUUUGGAGUUAUUCCGAUUUACACCCUUCCAGCUCAGAGCAGAAUCUGGCCCUGGGGGAACAGAAAAGGGGGUGAUAUUCUGAACAGUCUGCUCCCCUUACGCUGCCCUUGUGCCAUGGUGAAAUUUGGUCCAUUGCCUCUGGGGAAGUUUCUAGUUGCUGCUAAGCACGAGUUUGUCCCUUGGCCACACUCCAUGCAGACCUAAGUGCCAUGUUUCCCCAGGUCUGGGAUUACACAACCACUAACUCAGCCCUGAUGAAAAGAACCAGAGAGAAGAAACUGGAGCUAGGAAUUAUAGGUGAAAUGCAACAAGUUGCUGGAGUUGGCAGCACCAAAACAGUGGUCACUGACUGACACCCUUAGUCUAGUCCUACACCAACACUGAUGUGGGCCCACAGUAUCUGCUGCACUGACUGACUGUUUCCCCUGACCCUGCUUAGUACCACACCCCCUGCAAGACCAGCCCCAGACUGCAGCAUUUUGCUUAAUGCCGAGACCCAGAUCUUUCUGUGGACUAAAGACACUAGCAGGUGCAGAAGCAAAACACCAACCGCUCUGAGCACAGACCGCUGAUGGACAAUCACCAUAUGCACAAGAAACACCAGGACAGUCACUGGCUCUUUGUAACCUUUGGUGCUAGCACCAACAGGCUGCAUUCAUCCCUGGAGAAUAACUCCACAGAAGUGAGCAACUCUACCAGGGGCAAAUCUGGACCUUACGUAUCUGUGGAGCAGGGAGUUUACAAAAGGAUAGGCUGCCUUGUAGCUUUUAUUCAGCCGCUGCACAAGAGCUGAAGACUGUGUUUGAAAGCACUUAGCUCUCCAAACCCUAGUUCCUUCAGGCCUUACCCUGGACAUAGUCACAUGUUCCUGGAAGAUUAAUGGAAUUGGCUCUUUCCAAGCUUAGCUCUAACAAUGUGUCACUGCAAUGACUGUCGGAUUAGUACUGUGUUUUGUUUUUAUUAUUAUUAUUAACUACAAAGGCCAGUCAGAUGGAGGGUUUCCACUUUGUAACAUGUUCUCAGAGUUGCAGGCAUUCUUAUCAUGCUGUUUUUGUUGCAAAUAAUUUGCCUUAUGUAAUGGAAAGGAAAAAAGCCCUUGAGGAUUUUAAAAUUUGCACUAACAUUGCCCCUACUCACUACAUUGCCUGUCAGAAGAAAGACCAAUAAAGACCUCUUUUCAGAGCCA